GUUAGCCCCAGCCCGCCUCGUCUCCGUGGUUACACACUGGCGGAAGUUACCGCAAUCCACCUGUUGCACUUCGAACAGCAAAAGUACCUCGACAAAAUCGAUAUUUGGCCUUGUUAAAAACUAAGCCAAUCGAAGCCACGGGAAAGUUCUAGAACUAGUAGCUACAUUCUAUCCGUGUCAACUUUAAUGGACAAACUAAAGAAAGUUUUGAGUGGCCAAGAUAACAAUGAUGACGGCGACAUAUUGCAAGCGGCGAACCAAGCCUCCACCCUGGGCUGGGGCACGCGCAUGAAGGGCUUUAUCGCGUGUUUCGUGCUCGGGGUCUUGUGUUCCAUUCUGGGGACAUGCUUGCUGUGGAUUCCAAGGGUUGGUCUGAUUCUGUUUGCCGUGCUGUACACAUUCGGCAAUGUUGCCUCUCUGUGCAGCACUAUGUUCCUGAUGGGACCCCUUAAUCAGCUGAAGAGGAUGUGUGCCAAAGAAAGAGCGCUGGCCACAGCUAUCAUGCUGACCUGUCUGGUGCUAACUAUGUGUUCUGCUUUCUGGUGGAAGAAUAAUGGUCUAGCCUUACUCUUCUGUAUUCUACAGUUUCUGGCCUUCGCUUGGUAUGGCCUGUCCUACAUUCCAUUCGCAAGGGAUGCCGUGAUAAAGGCCUUCUCUGUCUGUCUGAAGUGAGGCUACAAACCUCCCUUUCGCUCUCCCUCUGAGGGGUUAUGAUGUGUGUGUUUGGGGGUUGGCUAAAGCCCUCAACUCUCUGGCAAACACACAGACUCCACACAGGUGUGCUGGACUGGUGCCCACUGAGUAAACACUCGUCAGCGAAUGCUUUCCAGAGUAGAAGUGUAACUGAGGUAUGAUGUUGUGUAGAGGAAUCUGUUUGUGAGGGAUGCCUUAUCUUCUCUGUGGGUGUGUGUGGUGUCAGUGUCCCUUUUAAGGUCGGUGUAUAUGUGCAUUUUGUGUGUUUUUCUACAUGGUGAGUCCAGCUCCUCUUAAUUUACUGUAGGUGGAGGGUCAAUGCACCACCUCUGUCAUUUCUCUAACUGUAAAUCAAACCAGACCAAAACUAUUCAGAUCUAUGUUUAGGUGCCAACAUGGUGUGUCUUCACUAGUUAUUUGUGCUGUAGGGGUUUAUUUACAUGUGUUCACAAUGUACAGUUGACUACUGAUCAUUUCACCUGCUCAGGUCUGGAAAUCUGUACAGUCAGAUGACCUUUUGCACCUCAUCCCAAGUGCACUUACCAGGAGUCUGACUCUAAGGUCCUGCUGUUAAACGUUCUUCUAGCUGGAUAGAUAUACAGUUGAAGUGGGAAGUUUACAUACACUUAGGUUGGAGUCAUUAAAACUCAUUUUUCAACCUCUCCACAAAUUUCUUGUUAACAAACUAUAAUUUGAGCAAGUCAGUAAGAACAUCUACUUUGUCCAUGACACGAGUCAUUUUUCCAACAAUUGUUUACAGACAGAUUAGUUAACUUAUAAUUAAUUCACUGUAUCACAAUUCCAGUGGGUCAGAAGUUUACAUACACU